AGGGUGGACGGCGUUCAACAACGAAGCUGCACCAGCUAGAACCAGGCCACUCAAUUCCAUCCUUAUAUAAACGCUCCCAUCUCUUCCUUCUUCCCUCACCACUCCACAACUCCCAAAUCUCUACUUCUUCGCCCCUACUUCUCAUUCUUCUCUUCAUACAAAUUUCAAAUUGUGAAAUGGGUGUUAAGAGUUUUGUUGAGGGUGGUAUCGCGUCCAUAGUUGCUGGGUGCAGCACUCAUCCGCUUGAUCUGAUCAAGUUUCGGAUGCAGCUUCAGGGUGAGCAACUCUCUGCUUCCAUCAACUCCCACCACGUUCAGAAUCUUCGUCCCACUUUGGCCGUUCCCAUGCAGUCUCCUCCAAUGGAUGUUUCUUCUUCACUUGGCAUGGCGGCUCCUCGUGCUAGAGCUGGACCCAUAUCGGAUGGUGUGCAGAUUCUUCGCUCUGAAGGUGUUUCUGCUCUGUUUUCCGGCGUCUCCGCCACCAUGCUCCGUCAAACACUCUAUUCCACCACUCGUAUGGGUCUUUACGAUGUGCUCAAGCAAAAAUGGACCGACCCAGAUAAGGGAAACAUAUCCGUUGGCCGAAAGAUUGUGGCUGGGCUUAUUGCCGGCGGGGUUGGUGCGGCCGUAGGAAACCCUGCCGAUAUGGCAAUGGUCCGUAUGCAAGCUGACGGUCGGCUCCCGGUGGUUCAGCAGCGCAAUUAUAACAGCGUGUUCGACGCGAUCAAGCGCAUGUCGAAGGAGGAAGGAGUGGCCAGCUUGUGGCACGGCUCGGCGCUGACGGUAAACAGAGCCAUGAUCGUGACGGCUUCGCAGUUGGCGUCGUACGAACAGUUCAAGGAGAUGAUUGUGGCGAAGGGGUUGAUGAAGGACGGGCUUGGGACCCACGUAACGGCUAGUUUUGCUGCGGGGUUUGUGGCGGCGCUAGCUUCGAAUCCGGUGGAUGUGAUAAAGACCAGGGUGAUGAACAUGAAGGUGGAGCCAGGGGCGGCGCCACCGUACAUGGGAGCCUUAGAUUGUGUUCUUAAGACAGUGAAGGCUGAAGGGCCUAUGGCCCUUUACAAGGGAUUUAUCCCUACGAUUUCAAGGCAGGGACCUUUUACAGUGGUGUUAUUUGUGACGCUUGAACAAGUCAGGAAACUACUCAGGAAUUUUGAUCGAGAGUAGGGCCGCAGCGUACGAUGACGACGAAAUAUAUUCGAAUUAUUUAUCCCUGAUUUGAUAUGAUGAAAAUGAUUUUAAUAAAAAUAAAAAUAAAUAUGAAAUUAAAAGUGAAAAUGAGGUUUAAAAAUAUAUUUAGUAUGUUGAUGGAAUUGAUAAAUUAUUUUUACUUAAUAUUAAUAUUUACAAUAUAAAAAUACUAAAAUGCCCUCACCUAAAAACACUCUGCUUCAACCUACAUAUCAAUUUUCCAACCCAGAUAUCAAAAUCUCCAUCCAAUGAAAUAACAAUAUAAAUCAAAAAUAAAAAUCUGGAGCUCGUGUGAUGAGAACACCAUCCAACCCAAGUAUGUUCAUGGUGUCGCACAGUGCGAUGAGAACUUGCGCUCUUGUGACCUUAUAAACUUCAUGAAUUGCAUUUAUUAUUGUCGGCUUGAGGUGGAAGAGAAGCUGCCGCAUCAACAUUAUACGGCGAAAUCUUGUAAGCGAUUGAAUGUUGUGGCAACAUAGAGGAGAAGGCGGGUCUUUGUUGACGACGUUGAGGUCGCUGGAGGUUGUUGACAGAAGGUCACCGUCAUUCAGGUCAGUGGAGGUUGUUGACAAGAUUUCGCCGGCGUUCAGGUCACUGGAGGUUGCUGACAAGAGGUCGUCGACAUUCAAGUCACUGAGGUUGUUGACGAGGGUCGCUGGCGUUCAAGUUAUUGAAUGAGAAAGGAAGGAUAAAUAUUGAAACUAGUGAGAUAGAAUUUGAAAUCUGAAUAUUUUUGAUGGAAUUCAA